UUUAUCUUUAACAUUAUUUUUAUUUUGUUAUUAUUUUCAUUUUCAUGUUUGUUAUUGUUUUGCAAAGUUUUGCAUUGCUACUACAAUUAUGAUGGAAAUUAACUCAUUUUGUAAUAAAUAUAAUAUAUGCGUUAUAUGCUUGAGUACAGAUCGUAAGCUUCGUCCUGCUGUGGACACAAAAAUUAUAACAAAUAUUUCAAAAAUAAAGUUUUCAGACACCUGUAAUGUGUGCUGGGAGUGCAAUGCUAAUGUGAGAAGUAUUGUAUCAUUUAGAAAUAAAGUACUGAAGGCUCAGUCAAUCAUCAAAAGUCUGUUUAAAACUAGAAUGGGUGAGACUCUUAUACCGAGUCUGUCACAGCUGCAGCAAAGAAACAUUGAAAAUGUUGGAAUAAAGCCACUAGAUGCUGCGGUUCCAGAUUUCAUUUCUACCUUUCAUCAGUCAAAUCUAACAUUACCUGGUAUUGAAGAAAGAACAGAGUCGUGUAUAGCAGAAGAGGUGUCGUCUCAUGGAGUGGAGAUCAAUGGAAUUGAUAUUCCUGAUGAUGAUGAAAUAUAUGUUGUAUAUGUAGAUAAUGAAGGUGAAAAUAAAAAUUCCAAUGAAAAUGAACAUCGGAAUAUAUACAGAGUAAGAAUUAUGGGUGAAGAAGAAAUGAUAAAUGACAGAGAGAGUAGAAGAAAGAGCAGCAGAUUUAUUAAAUGCACAUUAAAGUGUGGGAAUUGUGUUGAAAUAUAUUCAAUAAGAAGUGCCUCAAUCACCAUAUGAAGAAACAU